CGUCCGACACCUACUACUACUCCGACGCCGACGCCGACUCCUACUAAGCCAACACCGUCUUCGACUCCAAAGCCUUCUUCAUCUUCAACGCCCAGACCAUCCUCUUCUGCCACUCCUAUACAGCCUUCGUCUACAGUUGUAUCUUCAACUCUCAUCUCAAGCCCGUCUCCGUAGGUUCCUACAUCUCUGACUUCCACACUCUGCAAAUGGCUAAUAUUCCUCUCAGCACACCCACAGGCGCGCCAAGCUGCGGAAUUGUCGCAUAUGUUAAAACCACGCCUGCCUACUACUUCGAAUCUAGCGGCACGAAGAACACAUUUGAAGCCUGUAGCGCGCUUUGCAAGGCCGAUAGCAAGUGCUUGAGCUUCGGCUAUGGUGAAGCGAACUGUAUGCUUUUCGACGUUACUGCGUAAGUCCACUUCAUUUGCUCAUCCCAACCUCUUGCUAACUGUAUU